CUCACUUGUGCACAGAGAGGCCGUCUCUGUUUUCCCCACAACAUUCAACCUGUGGCACGGAAUACAUUACCAUCAGACUGUUUUCUUAAAGCAGGCUAUCCCUGUAACAUGCAAAUUUUUCUUACUUUUAUUUUUUCCGCCCAAAACUUGAGGGAGCCACAGCUGAGGACGAAAGAGCCACAUGUGGCUGCCGACCUCCAUCCUAAAUCAAAUUACUGGUUUUCACAGAAACACGAACAGAUGUCAAUGGCCCAGAAUUCAAGGCAGAACUGAUACACCCACAGCAAGCAUUACGUAUUCAAAGUCAGUUUUUUGAGGCUAUAAAAGAGAAGUCAGACAGAUCAGUAGGCAUUACAACCAACACUGCAGUCAUGGAUAAUCCACAGAGAAGGCCAAACGAGAACAAUGACACACCGUCCAAUGGUAUAUUUAGGCAAGGUGGAUCAACAAAGUACCCACCGAUUAUACCGUUCCUUGGAUUGCUGAACGCUGUGCUGUUGAUAACGGCUGUUGUUAUUGGAGUUAACUGUGCCAAAGUCAAAGAGGGCUCCUUGCACAUUUCCAACCCAGCUGUAACACAGCUCUUCAGUGAGCUCGACUAUCUCCGAAGCAACCACAGCGAUGUGAUCGAAGCUGAAGAGGAGGCCAAGAAGGCGUUAGAGAGCGCGAUCAACAACCACAAAGAAGUAAAGGUGAAAAUUGAGCAGCUGAAGACCGUCAAUGAUGGUUAUCAGAAACAGAUGCAAGCACUGCAAGUGGAGAAGGCAAACCUGAAGUCCAAUGUAUCAGCUUUAGAGGGAUCUUGUGGCGGAUGCCUCCCUGGUUGGGCUCUUUUCAACUCGUCCUGCUAUUUCUUCUCCUACACCGAGUCCUCUACUGUCAAAAAGAACUGGCAUGAGAGCAGAGAGGACUGUGUUAGUCGUGGCUCUGACCUGGUUGUGAUCGAUAACCAGGAAGAGCAGAAAUAUGUGAGUCACAUAAUCCAAAAUAUGAAAACCAGUAAUAGUAAGUGGGAGAAUGGAUUCUGGAUUGGACUCACUGACAUGGAGAACGAGGGGAACUGGACAUGGAUUAAUAAUGUCACAGAGGUGCAACAAAGGUACUGGAUGGAUGGAGAACCAAACAACGGCGGAGAGAUUGGAGAACAUUGUGGGGUUGCAGUUCACUCCGCCUUUAAUCCCUGGAAGACCCGCUAUGAUGGAAAUUGUGACUCGAAGCAGUUGCACUGGAUGUGUGAAAUGUAAAUAAGAAAAACUCUUUUCACUCCUGAUAUGAUGCUAAAAAAGCAUUUUUAACAAGAAAUAUUUUAUCAGUUUUUGGGUUAUUUUUCAUAUUCAGAGUCUACAACAGUGCAGUUAACAUUCUAAUUACUUUAGAGGUCUGUGUGAAAAUUAUUUGUUAUUAAAAGAAAUUCCACUAAACCUAAAGCCAGCCUGGUUAGUAUCAAGAAAAAAACUAUUAUAAUAACAAUUAACAUUAUUUUGGAAAUAAAAGCAUAUAGAGUAAAUGCUAUGCAAUAGACAAGUUGACAUUAAACUGUAACACGUAUACCAUAUGUUUUUUAUGUGGAUCUACUUUUUUUGCUAUGGUAAUUGUUUGAUAUGCUUGUUCUUGUGUCUUUUAAUCGUGUAUUUCUGUUAUUUUUCUAAAUAAAUAAGGACAAAUGUGGAAACAUAAAUAUGGAUGGUUAGGUUCAUUGGAAUUUGUAGGCAGCACAGAAAACAUCUGUGAACUAAAUCUGAUUUUGCUAAAAAAAACUUGGCAAGUUGCUCUGAAGUCAUGGCAAAGGCAAAAAAGAGAGACUGUUAUUAAAUGAAUUUGAUACAAUCAAUGUACACCCUUCACAAGUUUCCAGUCCAUAACUGACAUAAAGAGAGAAACAACCCUUCACACUCUGCUGAUCUAAACCAGAGUACCUGCAGAACAGGGACCGCUGCACUGUGCUGUACCCAAAGUGGACUAUGUAUGAUCAUUGUAUUUUAUUAUAAUUAUACAGCACAGAAGAAGGAUCCUUGCACCAUGAAAAUGGCCUAGGAUUUUAUCAAAACUAGGCCACACAGCCAUGGCAGCAAGACAGGUGCAGAUAGAAAUGCUAAUUAAGAAAAAGUUUAUUAAAGAAACAUGAAGAAGAAACUCAAACUCACAAUGUAACUGUCAGUGGUGCAUGAAGAGUUGGUGGAUGCAGUGUUAGGUGCACAAGAGCAAACCAAACAGCAACCAAACUGCAGAUGUUGCUCAGGGAGGAGAGAAAACUUAGCGCACGUUUGAAUUCAUGGCACAUGCCAACAAUUCAUUUUUACAUG